AACAAAGCAAACCAGAAAAUUUCAUUGUCUUGAUACUUCAUUCUUUACUCUACAUCUACACUAUAUUCACCUGCUUAUGCUCAAAACUACCAUCAAUGGCUAUUUCUUUAAUUUUCUUAGUUUAUUUCUUGCUACUCCAACAACCCUUUUUUUCCACAGCAAAUCUCCACACUUCUUCUCUCUUUAGACCACAACUCAUCACUCAGCUAAAUUCUUUACCAAAUAAUACCUCUCCAACAACAUUUUUUGAAGUCACAAAACCUAUAAAACUCCCCAAAACCAAACCUUGUUCACACUUAAUUCUUGAACAUGACUUUGGUUUCACUUAUGGAAAACCACCAAUUCUUGCAAAUUACACACCCCCUUUAAAUUGCCCAUCUCAGAAAUUUUCCAAGAUUGUAUUAGAAUGGAAAGCAACAUGUAAAGGAAGGCAAUUUGAUAGAAUUUUUGGUGUUUGGCUUAGUGGUGUUGAAAUUCUCAGAAGUUGUACUGCUGAACCAACUGCUACUGGAAUUAUUUGGACAGUGAAAAAGGAUAUUACUAGGUAUUAUUCUUUACUUAUAAAAAAUCAAACACUUGCUGUUUAUCUUGGAAAUAUUGUUGAUAUUACUUAUACUGGAGUUUACCAUGUGAAAAUUUUUGUUCAUUUCUAUAAUGAGCUGAAGUUGGGUAAUUUUGAUUCUGGGGCUGAUUUGAUUAUACCCAUUUCAAGAAAUCUGAAGUUAAAUGAUGGUUUGUGGUUUGAGAUUGAAAAUUCAACAGAUAUACAGUCAAAGGAAUUCAAGAUUCCUCAAAAUGUGUAUAGGGCAGUAUUAGAAGUUUAUGUUUCAUUUCAUGAGAAUGAUGAAUCUUGGUAUGCAAAUCCACCUAAUGAGUAUAUAAAAUCGAAUAAUCUUAAUAUUCCGGGAAAUGGAGCUUUUAGAGAGGUGGUGAUUAGUUUGGAUGAUAUGGUUGUUGGUGUAGUUUGGCCUUUUACUGUGAUUUAUACCGGGGGUGCUAAUCCCCUCUUUUGGAGACCGAUUAGUGGAAUUGGCUCGUUCGAUCUUCCUUCGUAUGAUAUUGAGAUUACGCCAUUGUUAGGAAAGAUUUUAGAUGGAAAUGGUCACAAGAUUUCGUUUCGUGUCACAAAUGCUCUGAAUGUGUGGUAUGUUGAUGCAAAUUUGCAUCUUUGGUUGGACGAAAAGAGUAAGAAAACAGAAGGGAAGUUGUUGAAGUAUAGUUACUCGCCUGUUUUGUUUUCACUGCUGAGUAAUUUUACAGGUUAUGAUGGAUCCUUUAUCACGAAUGCUAGUCGGUCCAUCACAUUGACCGGAUGGGUAAAAUCGUCUUAUGGCACAAUCACUACUAAGUCGUCUCAACGUUUAAGUUAUAACAACUAUAUGGUAAUGGGAAAUGAAGGGAACUUGCAAAUAGUGAAUCAGAUAAUUGAUUUUAAUGACACUGUUUAUGCUAAGACACCAUCUUCUUCUGUUCACUCGCUUAAGUCCUUCAAAAAGUAUGUAUUUCAGUGGUAUACUGACAAUGUAGAUCAAGGAAACGAAAGCUAUGCCUCGAUAUCAAACUUGACAUUGGGAUUUGAUGAAAAGAGGGUAAAAGAUUCAGAGUAUGGAUCAUCGACCAGCUCUGUUAAGAAUUUGCAAAAAGCGCAGGGUUAUAUGCUAGUAAAAGGCCAGUUAGUAGUCAAAGGAAUUGGGAGUACUCAACAAGUAUAUAAAUAUAAAGAAGAUUCGUUGUGCUACUCGAGGAACAUAAGCAGCUCAAAUUACACGAUACUUUACGAUAAAGUGAGCAAUAGCUGCAGCAAAAGUACCAGGUCUCACUGGUCCUUGAGGGGUCUUUCUGCAAUGUAAUCUUGGUGAUGAUAAUGUUGGUAACUGACUUUGCUCCAUGCGAUUAUCUUUCACUCCUUUGCCGCUGGAGUUCCUCUACGUGGCUUGUUGUGAUCGAAGUUGGCAACUGUGUCAUAGUCUUCUAAUUAUGAUGCAAAUGAACUACUGCAUUGCUUCUCUUAUUCUAGCACUUGUUUAACUUCUUAAUUUUGUUAAUAUUUGCUGUUUUGCUAACUGUUUUUGGGUCUCGGAAAUUU